AUGGCGAUCGGAUUACUUCUCCCUAUUCGAAUUGCUCAAGCAGUAUUCGCUAUCGUCGUACUGGGCUUAUCUGGAUAUGUUUCCCACUGGUACAAUACCGAUACUUUGACUGCAUCUCCUUCUCAAAUCAACUUCUUGGUCUUCGUACCUGUGUUUACCUUGAUAUCCAUUGUCUAUCUUGAAGUUGCACCCCGCUUCAUGUCAAAAGCAUCUCACCCAUACAUUCAUCUCGGAGUCGAACUCCUCAACGUUCUUUUCUACUUCGCAGGCUUCAUCGCACUCUCCGUCUUCAUCGGCAGACUUCUCUUCUGUCGUGGUUCUGUCUGUGGAGCAGCUCGUGCCGAUGCAGUUUUCGGUGCUUUCAGCUGGUUGCUCUGGAUGGGAAGUAGCGCAAUUCUCGCAUUAGAGAUGUUCAAAGGAGGAAGAUCGAAACCCUACCCAAAACCAAAUAUGGCCAUGAAGGAAACGAUGAAUCCAGUAUAA